AUGGGUUCGAACACGUCCAAGCCCUCAAAUCCGGCGCCACAUGUGUGGAGGGGCUCCUCCCAAGCCGGGGUGUCGCAAAGCCUAGUUGAAUCUCUCGAGACUAGCAACGAGACCGACGUCUCGCGUCUCCAAGCCCUCGAACUCCAUAUCCAAGAACGCGUCGCCGCCGAGCUGAAGCGCCUCCGCGCCCAGGAAUCCGAGACCCUACGCGAGGCGCAACAAAAACUCUCGGCCGGACCCGCUACCGACCAGCAAGGGAGCGAGCACCAGCAGCAGCAGCUCGCUGGCCCCAGCCGGCAGGAAGUUUCCAAGGCUAUCGGAGACUUGCGCGCCAAGCUCGAGGAGAGGAAAAAGGUGCGCCAGGUGCCUGAGACUUUGGAGAAGGCGCGGGACGAGGUGGUGCGGUGCCUACGUGAGAAUGACCGGCGGCCACUGGAUUGCUGGCGCGAAGUGGAGGCUUUCAAGGAGGAGGUUAGGAGGCUGGAGAAAGGAUGGGUUGACAAAGUGAUCAGCUAG